AUGUCUACCCCGUCGACUGUACCCGACCGCUACAAGCUGGUCUUCUUUGUUCCAACCGAGAAUGCCGAAGCCUGCAAAGAAGCUAUCUUUGCAAGUCAUGGGACUGGCCAAUUUCUUCCGGGAGAUGGGGCGAACCCUGCGAUUGGGGCGGUUGGGGAAGUUGAGCGGGUCGAGGAGCUCAGGAUCGAGGUGAUGUGCAUCGGGCGCGACCUGAUGCUGAAGGCAGUGGAGGAACUGAUACGGGCACAUCCGUAUGAGGAGGUGGCGUAUGAAGUUUAUCGCAUGGAGAAUGUGUAG